AUGCCACCAAAACCCCAUUCACCCCAACCAGUCCACCCACCUGUAAUCAGGAACCAGGGCGCGCCCCGGGCAGGGACACCCACCAUGUCCGACCCUGGAACCAGCAGCGCCCAGGGCCAGGACACCCACCAUGUCCUGACCCUGGACGAUGCACCCACCAUGUCUGACCCUGGACCGAUGACACCACCACCCCGUCAACCAGGUCCACCAGUAAUAGAACCAGCAGAGGGCCCAGCCACCCACCAUGUCCUGACCUGGACGAUGCACCCACCAUGUCCUGACCUGGACGAUGCACCCAAAACCCAGUACCUCCAAACAGUCCCACCCACCUGUAAAUCAGGAACACGCGCCAGGGCCAUACCACCCACCAUGUCCUGA